GCACAACACCAACGCCGCUUUCUCCUUGAACUACUGCACACCUUCUUCACACUGCACUCUGCGAGGACAGGUGUAUAAAAGGAAGAAUCUCAGUGCAUCUGUAAACCCAGCCGACUCGAUCUCGCUGCAAAACAGCACAAGUUUAAUCACCCCAGCUAAACACGCUUGACCGCUUAUCGUCUUGAGCAUCCGCAGUCACAAUGGAGAACUACCAGAAGUUGGAAAAGGUCGGAGAAGGAACUUACGGAGUUGUCUACAAGGCCCGAGACCUGACGACCAAAGACCAGCGCAUUGUCGCAUUGAAGAAGAUCCGCCUGGAAGCCGAAGAUGAGGGCGUGCCGUCGACUGCCAUUCGCGAAAUCUCGCUGCUCAAGGAAAUGAACGACCCGAACAUUGUCCGCCUCCUCAAUAUUGUACACGCCGACGGACACAAGCUGUACCUCGUCUUCGAAUUCCUCGAUUUGGAUCUGAAGAAAUACAUGGAGGCGCUGCCCGUCAGUCAGGGUGGACGAGGCAAGGCGUUGCCAGAGGGCUCUGGUUUGGCUGGUCAGAAUCUGGUCAUGGACGACAAGAUGGUGAAGAAGUUCAUGAUGCAGUUGUGCCAGGGUGUCAGGUACUGCCACGCUCACCGCGUGCUGCAUCGCGAUCUUAAGCCUCAGAAUCUGUUGAUCGACAAGGACUGCAAUUUGAAGUUGGCGGAUUUCGGUCUGGCGCGCGCCUUUGGUGUCCCGCUCAGAACAUACACGCACGAGGUUGUUACGCUGUGGUACCGCUCUCCAGAGAUUCUGCUCGGUGGCCGUCAAUACUCUACUGGUGUCGACAUGUGGUCUGUAGGCUGCAUUUUCGCCGAGAUGUGCACGCGCAAGCCUCUCUUCCCCGGCGACUCUGAAAUUGACGAAAUUUUCAAGAUCUUCCGUAUCCUCGGUACGCCCAAUGAGCAGGACUGGCCUGGUGUCACAUCUUUCCCCGACUUCAAGCCGUCCUUCCCCAAGUGGGGUCGGACGGAUGUCGCAAACAUUGUCACAAACCUCGAUGAGGUCGGUCUCGAUCUGCUCGAUCUGCUCCUUGUAUAUGACCCUGCUGGCCGCAUUUCGGCAAAACAGACCGUCGUACACCCUUACUUUGGUGGAAUGAACGGUGACACGCGUCACGAAUACAGCAACGGCUAUCACUAA